AUGGAUAGUGAUCUGAAAGAAUAUCUGUCUAAGAGAGGUGAGGAAGGUCAGCUGUACCUGGCGGCAGCUGGGACACUGAAAGGUAUUACGUCCAGUCAGUCGGUAGAAUGCAUGAACGCGGCAGCGAUUCCGACAAGGAAGGCUGGAGUAAUGGAGUUUUUGUUCUUGAAAGCGGAAGGUAUGGAGAGCAGGAGGUUAAAGAUAAUAGAAACAUUGACGCAAUGUCCAACUUUCACACCUCCAAAACUCCAUGAAAAAAUAGAGAAAGAAGGUAAAAAAACCGCAAACAUGAGAGUUAAAAAGGAAGCAGGUGGUACAUUUAUCGUCUCUGAUGGUGACAAACGACUCCGCGUGAACCUUGGCACAUUGACCUGCGAAGGAGGCUGUCAAAGGGUUAUGGCUGGGCCAUGCGCGCACUUGAUUGCGUGCGCUAGGCAUGCCUCGUGUAACAUAGAAACAGUCUUGCCAAGUCAUAUGACAACCAGAGGAUUAUUAGCAAUCUAUCAGUCUCUGCCACCUAUAAGUAUACCAUCAACUGCUGAAAUUCAGGAUAAUAACCUAUCACAUUUGGCGGAUGCAAUGCCGCAGGGGCGUAUCGAAGCUGAAGAAGACGAAGACGAGGAAGAAGAUGAUGCUGCUUUUGCUGGUGCUGCGCUAAGCGGUGAUGAUGAUGAUGGUGCUGCGCUAGCUCUUGAUGAUGAUGGUGCUGCGCUAGCUCAUGAAGAAGAUGAUGAUGACGAUGACGAUGGUGCUUCUCCCUCUUCUUCUUCUUCUUCUUCUUCUUCUUCUGAUGAGCCUUCAAAGAAGCCAGCGGCAAAGAAGCGUAAGGUAAAUAAAGCUCGCGCUUCUCCUUUUCCUUUUUCUUCUUCUGAUGAUGAUGCGCUAGCUGAUGAUGAUGAUGCUGCGCAAACUGAUGCGCAAUCUGCUUUCUCAAAGAAGAUGGACAGGUGCAACAAACUGAUACAGUUCGCAAAGGCCAAUGCGCUAUUGGGUGCUGGUGAUAUUAAAGUAGUAUACAAACAAGCAGCAAAAGACCUGAAAAUGAAAUUAGAUUCAGAUGACAAAAGACUGUUAAAAGAAACUGUAACUGAAACACUUGAGGGUGAGGGCGCUUCUUCUUCUUCUUCUUCUUCUUCUUCUUCUUCUUCUUCUGAUGAUGAUGAUGAGUCCGCAAAGAAGCCAGUUGCAAAGAAGCCCACGGCAAAGAAGCCAGCGGCAAAGAAGCCAGCGGCAAAGAAGCCCGCAGUGAAGCAACCACAGAAGGGCGAUGCGACCCGUAUCACGCUCAAGCAGAAGAACCCGAAGCAGCUCGGGUGCAAGUCGCACCAGCGCUACGAGAAGUACAAGGCCGCGACGACCAAGGGCGAGUUCCGCAAGCUCGGUGGCUCGUCCGCCGACUACACCCAUGACCUCAAGCACAAGUUCAUCACGGAGCUUUAG